AUCCUGAAAAAUUAAAAUUGCAGAUAGUAUCAAUGCAAGCUGAAAUAGAAAGAUUAAGGUUGGUAAUUUUAGAAUUUCUGGGUAAAACUAUUAUUGCAACUAAGAACAAUCAGACUAUGCAACCACUAAAUGAAAGUUUACAGAAGCUGUCAAACAAACUGCUUAAUGCCUUUUCAUCAACUGAUUCUAAAGCAUAUAAAUUAUUUAUAGGAAUACAAAAAAUGACUAAUACUGG